AAUGGUGUGAUACUUCCCGGCUGCGAAGCCAUUAAUAUCAGGAAGGAGAAGAACGACCGGAGCGAACGCAACAGAGCAAAAGGCGUAGCGUUCGAGUUCGGGUGUGGUUCAGGAGUGAAACAGGUGUGCUUGGUUGAGUCCAAGGUGACUAUAGUAGCAUGUGGGGCUCUCAGUACCCCUCCAUUGUUGCUAAGAAGCGGCUUGAGGAAUCCAAAUAUUGGCAAAAACUUGCAUCUUCAUCCUGUAACAAUGGCGUGGGGCCAUUUCCCUGCAGAAACUGAUAAACCAUGGCCAGAGGAACACAAAAAAAGCUAUGAAGGUGGGAUAAUGACGGCCAUGUGCAACAUUAGAUCAGAACCAGAUCAAGAACCUGGAAGUGGAGGAGCAGUAAUUCAGACACCAGCAUUGCACCCAGGACUCUUCUCAAUCUUAAUGCCAUGGCUCUCUGGGACAAAUAUAAAGCAAAGAAUGCGCAAAUUUUCCAGGACAGCCCAUGUAUUUGUAUUGGCAAGAGAUAAAGGAUCAGGAACAGUCAAAUCUCCAAACUGUAUCAGCUACAAUAUGGAGGAAGUGGACGAAGAGAAUCUACAGAAAGGACUAGAGAAGGCUUUGAAAAUUUUGGCGGCAGCUGGGGCAGAGGAAAUAGGGACCCACCAUAACAAGGGAAGAAGCAUAAAUGUGAAGAAAGUGAGUUACCACGAGUAUGAGAAGUUUGUGAAAGAGGAGAGUUCAAGGGCAUUGAAGGAUUUGAAGACGCCAAUCUGUUCGGCUCACCAAAUGGGAAGUUGCAGAAUGGGAAUUGGAGCAAGGGAUUCUGUGGUGGAUCAGAGAGGGGAAACAUGGGAAGUGGAAGGGCUCUUUAUUGCUGAUUCCAGUGUUUUUCCAACUGCUUUGGGAGUGAAUCCAAUGGUUACUGUUCAAGCUAUUGCUUAUUGCACUGCACAAUCCGUCCUUGAAACUCUUAAGAGGAAGAGAAAUUGAUGUGAUUUGGGGUUAAUAUAUCACGUGGUGUUUGUAAUAAAGGACAUGUCUGGAGCUCAUUUAUUUGGGAAUUUUUAUGGUUUGGAUGAACAUUCUGAAAAUAAUAUAAAGAAGGGUGUGCUUCAUAAUGGGUUGGACAAAACUAAGAUGGGUUAAACAGAUAGAUCUUCUGGGAAAUCAAAAGGGUAUUUGAUUGUAUAAAUCAUCUUCUCAAAACAGAAUCGGUUGAAAAAUCUUUCUUUAUCACGACAAGAGAGAAU